AUGUAUUGGAAUAUCAGAGGACUGAGGAGAACUCAAGCCAAAGAUAAACUAAGAAGUUUAGUGAGUAAUUUUAGUCCUUCACUACUUUGGGUUGCUGAACCAAAAGUAAGAGUUACUAAUAGUAUUUUGAGACAAAUAAAGCUACCAGUUAUUUUCAACACAAGGCAAGCAAUAACAGUUCAAAUUGGAGAUGUAUUAGUUACAGGUAUUCAUGCUGCAUGUCUUACUAUAGACAGGAGAGCAUUAUGGGAGGAAUUAAUGGAAGUUAGUGAAUUGAAUUUUCCAUGGUUGGUAAUAGGAGACCUUAAUGUGAAGUGGAAUUGGGAAGUGUUUGGGGACCUCAGAAUCAAAGUAAAAACUACAGAAGAGAAGGUUCUAGCUGCUUUUUUGGAGUCUGAUGUUGAUCCUGAAAACAUUGAGUUACUAAAUAAACUAGUGACUGCAAGAGGGGAACAUGAACUAGCCUCUCAACAAUACAAUGAACUAAUGAGGGUGAAUUCAAGAGUUCAAAGGGUUAAGGAAGUGUCUCAUUACAAGAAGAAAUUUGAAAGAAAGAAUGUAGAAUUUGAUGAAGAUUUGUUUGAAGCAAUUCCUAAGAUUUUAACAGGGGAGGAUAAUAUUUUUCUUGAUGUUGUUCCUUCUCAUGUUAAAAUAAAAAAUUCAGGAUUUGGAAUUAAUGCAAAUAGUGCUCCUGGACCAGAUGGAUUCCCUGAAAGCUUCUGUAAAUUUGCAUGGGAGGUGAUCGAUAGAAUUGGUACAUUGACUGGGAAGAUGAUUUCCGAGCAACAAGGUGCAUUUAUAAAAGGCAUAAAUAUACAUGACAAGAUUGUAUUAGCAUCUGAAUUAGUAAAUGAGCUUGAAAUUAAAAGGAGGGGUGGAAAUGUUGGUCUCAAAAUUGAUAUAACACAAGCAUAUGACUCCUUGAGAUGGGAUUUUUUGUUUGAAGUGAUGAGAAAAUUUGGCAUCUCAGAAAUUGGUAUAAGGUGGUUAAUGAAGAUAUUUGAAUUAGCUAGGAUAUUAGUUCUUGUCAAUGGUGGUCCUUGUGGGUUUUUUUUGAAGUGGAGAGAGGAUUGA